GGGAGGGCUUUCAGCUUUUCACUGUUGAGUGUUAUGCUGGCUGUGGGUUUGUCAUCAAUGGCUUUUAUCAUUGAGAUAUGUUAUAUACCCUCUGUACCCACUUGGGUGAGAAUUUUCAUCAUGAACAGGUGUUGAGUUUCUUCAAAUGCUUUUUCUGCAUCUACUGAAGUGAUCAUAUGGUUUCUGUCCUUUAUUGAUAUGGGGUACGACACUGACCAGUUUGCAUAUGUUGACCCAUCCUCGUGAACCUGGAAUGGAUCCAACUUGAUCAUGGUGUAUGAUCCUUUUAUGAGUUGUUGGAUUCAGUUUGCUAAUAUUUUACUGCAGCAAAAUUGCAUUUUUAAUGCUGGCAUUCAUGCUGGAUGUAUGUGCUGGGUCUAAUCACUUCCCAGCCCACCCAGACUCUUCAUGAGAAAGUAGAGGUGGGAACAGGGCCAAGUUUAAGUGGAGGUCAGCUUCUCACUAGGGGAUUAAGGAAUGACACAGGCUAGAAAACACGUCCACGUUUCAAGUGAGCCCUGAUUGUGAAACUAGGAGAAUGCCGCUGUUAUCUGUAAACACCCACACUGGCCUUCGGUAUCUACACAGUGCUCUUUAUUUUCACACUCACACACUGACUCCUUGAGGUGAGAUCUACGGAGCUCUGACUCCGCGAGGCUCGGUGCGGCACGCGGGGCCCUGCACUCUGUUCACACCGAGUCCAACUCUCCCUGCAGGAAAAGUCCUCCUGGCCAAGCGCUGACCGCCUGCUUCCCCUCGUGUCCGCUCAUGUGUCUCUUCUCAACCACCGUUGUUUUCCACAUUUGACACCCACAGAAACCAAGGCUCGGGGCUGCCGACUGGCUCCCGAAGGGGCUCAUGCCGGGGCUGAGCCGGGACGAACACAAGGGCUGGUCUGGCCCAGAGCCGGUCAGCGUCCACUCACCCUCCUCCCCUGGGCACCAUCCUGUGGCUGCUCGCUGAGGUUCAGGGUACUGAGGAAAUCCCGAGGAUGGAGCUGUUGGCCUGUAAGUGGGUGACUGGAACUGACCCAGCCUAGUUUCCCCUCCUUUGGCACCAAGAGCUGCUUUCCCCUGGGGAGUGGCGCCCGGCAGCAGGAAGCCUGCCCCCCCCCCAACACACCAGGUCGGGGAGGUGCCAGAAGGCAUUCUUGCUGCCCCUCCCUUCGGAAACAAGGGAGAUGCCUGUGCCUGAACCACGCCACUCAGAGCAAAGCUUGGCGUGUCCUCGCUCCUCAAGCAUCUGACCAAAUCGAUCCUUACUCAUGCCCCCCUCCCCGGCAGUGUGGCUCGGACACGGUGUUCCGCAUGGAGGAAGUGGCCGAGCACCAAGUGUAAUACCCGUUACUAUAGUAACAGUUCCUUUCUAAUGAUCCCAGAAUAAACAGGAACGCAGAGCCGCCCCACGCUGGCUCUCUUCAUCCCCAGGGCUUGAUGAACCGCCCUGUGGCGGCGGCCCCUCCUGGCUCACCCGGGACUCUGGUGGAACGAGGACCAGCAGCGCUGCGCUCGGAAGUUCUCUUCCCAGGGACACAGGCUCAGCUGAGGACCUCCAUGUACUCGGAGAUCCAGAGGGAGCGGGCCGACAUCGGAGGCCUGAUGGCCCGACCAGAAUACAGGGAGUGGAACCCAGAGCUCAUCAAGCCCAAGAAGCUGCUGAACCCCGUGAAGGCCUCCCGGAGCCACCAGGAGAUGCACCGCGAGCUGCUCAUGAACCACAGGAGGGGCCUGGGUGUGGACAGCAAGCCGGAGCUGCAGCGCGUCCUGGAGCACCGUCGGCGGAACCAGCUCAUCAAGAAGAAGAAGGAGGAGCUGGAGGCCAAGCGGCUGCAGUGCCCCUUCGAGCAGGAGCUGCUGAGACGGCAGCAGAGGUUGAACCAGCUGGAGAAGCCCCCCGAAAAGGAAGAGGACCAUGCCCCUGAAUUCAUUAAAGUCAGGGAAAACCUGCGGAGAAUCACCACUUUAACCAGUGGGGAGAGGGCGCUGUAGAGCCGGCUCCCGGAGCCCCAGCGUCCCCCAGCCCGCCCGGCCCCCACCGCGCCCUCCUCUACCUGGCAGCCCUGGCCCCCAGACGCGGCUCUGCGGCGUUCCUGCUCGCUCCUGGAAAAACGCAUCGCCCCACCCCCAGAAGACGGGGGCUCCUGAGUGCAGGCUUUUCCUUCUAGCGCUCACUGCCCCUGCUCCAAGCUGCAGCCACUGCUGAGGGAGCUCUCUCCAGGCUCCCUCCUUGAGGGGCUGCCGAGCCCUGCCAGGAGGCUUCGGGCGGAGCUCAGAAGGGACUGGUGCCCCUCUGGCUGGACGAGCCGUCCGCGCUGCCCAGG